AUGUUACGAGCAAUAUAUCUCGACUCUUUUUCAUUCCUUACUCAUUUCGCUUUUCUUAACCGACAAGAAGAAAAAGAAGAAGAAAACAGUCUUAAUAAAUUUCAAUUAUCAUCACCAGAAGCAGCAGCAACAAUCAAAGAUAAUUUUCCAACCCCGCACUUCCACACCGACAUGUACACGACUCGCUUUGAAAUUUCAGAAAAGCGUAGCAUCUCCUCGUAUCAGCAUUUAAAGACCAGGGAGACAUAA